UCCACUAGAUGCUCAACACCUCGAGCCACAGAACUUUCCCAUCCUAUGAAGAACAUACAGGAACAGUGCUGGCAUCUUUUCAUUCACAACAUCAACAUAGCUCUCUAAUCCAUGAAGCAUCAUGGCAUGUAAUGAUCACAUAAGCUCAUGCGUAAAGCUUCUGCUGCUACUGGUCGUGUUGUGCGCGGCCCGCGCUUUUGCUGACAGGACUAAAACGCUCGACUUCGAUGUCAAACCUGGAGGAGUUGUGCAGACUUUCUCUGCUAAACUUAAAAAGUAUAAAUGCACCUUUACAUAUGCGUGUCAAGGAGGAACCAAUGAGCAAUGGCAAAUGAGCGUUGGACUAAGUGACGAUGACCAGAUGUUUUCCUGUUCAGUGUGGAGGCCCCAAGGGAAGUCUUACUUGUUUUUCACCCAGUUCAAAGCCGAGAUAAAAGGAGCCAAGAUUGAAUAUGCCACCGCAUAUUCCCAGAUGGCCGUGGGUGGACAGAGGGAUGUCGCUUUGAAGGAAGAAGAGUACAUUGUGUCAGAGUCUUCAGUGACCCACAGAGAAGGGAAAUUCCAUUCUGAGCUUUCCAAGCUCACUGUCAUUGGUCGGACACACCACGAUGAACUCUGAUUGGCCGACCCGAAAGAGGAUUGUCCCAUCACUCGAGGACAUUUAUUUGACAGCUAUGGACACUCUGCCACUUAACUGCUCACUGUUAUAAGUCAAGCAAAGGAAAUCAAACCACGGGAAGCUAUGAAAUAAAGAACUUUCCGUGAUAGAAAAUACUACAGAGAUUUCCUCUAGAGGCAGCAUUACACCAGUGGCCAAGAACUGGACUGAUUGGUGGAUGAAAAGUCUACUACCAGACAUGUACAAAAAAAAUGUACAUGCACAAUUAUUCAUAUUUGUGAGGUGAUAUGAAGGCUUCUUCAAAUUAAGUUCAGAGCAGUAGAUUGAUUUCUAUUCCUGGCAGAAUUUAUCGGUUUAGGGUUUCAGCCUGACUUUGACUUCAUACCUGCAAAUCUGAUUAUCACGAGCGCAUUCAUGCUCAUACUUACUUU